CUGCCCUUUGCUCCGCUGCUGGGGACGGUGGCCGGCGGGCGCGGGGAGGCGGGGUCAGGAUCUGCCAUGGAGCAAGGGGAGGCAGCUCCACCGGUGGCCGAGAAGGUGGGGAAGGAAGAGGAGGAUGACUUCGGCUAUCGGCUCUUCCCGGACCGGAACAAAAAGCCGCAGAGCUUUCUGGUCCGGAGCCUCUUCACCUUCCACAACAAGUGCCAGGUGAUGCUGAGGAUCACCCUGGACACCAAUCCAUAUGCUCAGCUCCUUCUUGAGGCUAUGAAGCAUUCUGGUUGCACUGUCUUCAAUGACCGUCAUUUUUCCUGUGAAAACUGUGAUGGCUGUGUCAGUGGAGGCUUUGAUUCUGCCACAUCUCAGAUUGUUCUGUGUCAGAACAACAUUCACCAGCAAUCCCAUAUGAACCGGGUGGUCACACAUGAGUUGAUUCAUGCUUUUGAUCACUGCCGUGCACAUGUUGACUGGUAUAAAAAUGUCAAACAUUUAGCUUGUUCAGAGAUUCGAGCUGCUAAUCUCAGUGGUGACUGUACAUUGAUGAAUGAAAUAGCCAGGUUUAAAUUUGGAUUAAAAGGACACCACCAGACUUGUGUACGGGACAGAGCAAUUCGUUCCAUUCUGGCUGUUAGAAAAGUUAGCAAAGAAACGGCAGAAAAAGCUGUGGAUGAAGUUUUUGAUGCCUGCUUCAAUGAUCUGGAACCUUUUGGAAGAAUCCCACAUAGUAAAAAAGAUGCAAAACGUGCUUAUAGAGACUUUCAGAACAGAGAUCGCUAUAAUGCUAAUUUGUAAAGGAAAAAAAAAAUGCUAAAAAUUGUGGUAACAUCUGAUUGAUCUAUAAAACCAGGUGUUACAGUCUGCACACACCCUGCUGGUGGAAAGAGCAGUUCUACCAAAUUUAUCAAUUAAUUUUGGAACUUCUUCCAGGAGCCAGCUUCCAUGGAAGUAAAUAUAGUAAAUGAACAAGGCUUAAGAACUGUGUUUCCUCAUGCUAUUCCAGCAAGAUAAUUUAGUGCACCAAAAGACUUUCCAAAUAAUGAUCUGCACAUUUCAAUCAACAUUUAUUUCUGUGCAGUAUGACUGGGACUUGGUUUCUAAAUGCUCUGUUGUUACUGAAUAAAUCUUUUCAUAAAA